CGGAGACUUGCAUUUGCCUUCGAAACCUUGUAGGCCAGUUGACACUUUGCUACUUUUCAUUUAAGACUCAUAUAAAUGUGCAUUCCUUCCAGUGCGUCAUUUUUACGCCUUUAGCAUUAACGAAAGAUUCAUUUUGAGAGAAUUCGAAAUUCUGAGAAGAAAAUUCACCAUGGCAAGAGGCAGGCGGAAUGGCGAUGAUGACGGGGCCUGGAGACCGACAGAAGAGGAUGCUUAUAUAGAGGCUGUCGACGACGACCUGGAACAAGAGCUCAUGGGUGACAAGCCAGUAGAUGUCUCGAAACUCGAGCCUGGGAAAACAUCUCGGGCCACUCCUCAGAGGAAGUCCCCUGCCCCGCAGCGGAAGAAGAUCACCAAGCGGCCGAAGCGCCCGGAGGAUGAGGCAUGGAAGCCAACGGAUGAGGAGCUCGAGGACGAGGAGCUUGAAGUCCAGGAGAUGGUGAACGAGCAGUUGUUGACCGAGGAGCUGGAGCACGCAGAGUCAGCCAAGAAGACACCUUCCAAGGCCUCGACGACCACGGAACGCAAGAAGCCCAAGCCGCGGACCAGGAAGGAAGAUGAGCAGGCCUGGACCCCCUCAGAUGAUGAAGAUUACGACGACGAAGAGGAUGAGUACUUGGAUUAUGAGACUCUUAAAGAUAAGAUUGGCAAGGAUGAUGUGCCUUUCAGUCGCAAGAGCCCUUCGCCGAAGAGGACCACACCACCAAAGAAGACCAACAAGGCCUCGGAAGACAAGAGCGAGGAGGAAGACGACGAGCCUGCAAGUGGGAAGAGUACACCACCAAGGAAGGCCAGGAAGAGACCGGCCGUGGUCUCGGCCGGCAGCCCCGAGUUUCACAAGAAACCCGCCCCAAAGCCGUCCGCCCUCAAGCCGCUACCCCUCCGCAAGCAUACCCUUGCCCCGGCCCGGAACGAGACUCCUCCCGAUUUUGUCGUCUCGGGUCAGAACUCCAAGGCACCGUUCACAUUCACGGUAUACCGUGGCGAGGGCAUGUGUAUGCUCGCCAUGAACUGGAAGAACGGCACGCCCCCGGAUGACUUUGUCGGCUUUGUGAUCGAGUACCGGGAGCCGCAGGCGACCGAGUGGCGGGAGAUCCCCAACUUCCUCACAUUCCCCGGGGAGGCUCCCCAGUCCGGCCCUGAUGCACGUUCCAGCCGCCGGUCGCCGAUCCAGAGGUUCCGCUGGGUACACUUCCCGUACACGGUCGACGUGCCCGGGCACUUCCGCUACCGCGUCACUCCCGUAUUCAUGAAGGGCAAGGACGAAGACCGGGAGCUCAUCUACGGAGAGGUGCAGGAUGUGAAAAUCCAGAUCAUGGCCGGGACGUACCCUGGCAGGAUGAACAUUGCCUUCACUCGAGGCUUUGUCUCUUCGAAGGCCUUCACCAAGAAAUUUGGCAGCGACGGCGGCCUAGGUACUAUCCUGCCAGCCAAGGCCGAUGAUGGACUUGAUUUCAGACCGGAGGACCCAGAGUUGCAGGAGAAGGCGCUGUCCUGGAUGGGCUUUGAAGCUCGCGAGGUGAUGCUCGGAGCCCUUGAUUCCGCCAUUGAGGAUGAGACAGCCCAAGUGCGUGUGCUCGCGUAUGACUUGAACAACCCCGAGAUUGUGCUCCGCCUGAAGAAGCUCGGCAGGCGGGUCAAGAUCAUUAUUGAUGACUCUGACCCACACAAGGAAGAUGAUGAUGCCGAGACCAAGGCUGCGGUGAUGCUUAUGAGAUCUGCGGGCAAGAACAACGUUCAGCGCCAGCACAUGGGAGGCCUUCACCACAACAAGGUCAUCAUAGUGGACGGACAGAAGACGCAGAUUGCGAUCGGCGGGUCUACCAACUUUUCCUGGCGCGGUCUCUAUGUCCAGAACAACAACCUGAUCGCCAUGGAGGGACCCGGGCCGGUUCAGGUCUUCAACAAGGCGUUCGAGAACUACUGGGAGCACCCCAACGACACGGACGGCUUCUACAACACCGAGUCAGCGACGUGGCAACACCUGGGCCUCCCGGGGAUCGACGCACAGGUGACCUUCUCACCACAUAGCUCCAAGGCUGGCACGCUGGAGGGCAUCGCCAACGACAUCGCCUCGGCCGAGUCGAGCCUGUUCUACUCGCUCGCCUUCCUAUACCAGACCCCUGGCGUCAUAAGAGACGCCAUCGUCAAGAAGACGGCGCAGAAGGGCAUCAUGGUGUACGGGCUGUCGGACAAGUCGGUCGACGAGCUGGAGCUGCAGACCAGCGACGGCAACCCGCCCAUCGCGUACCCGGAGAGCUUCGACAACGAGUCGGCGGGCGGUUCCGGGGCGCGGAUGCACCACAAGUUUGUCGUGAUCGACUUUGACAAGCCGACCGCGCGCGUGUACACGGGAUCGCACAACUUCAGCACGGCGGCCGACCUCAAGAACGCGGAGAACCUGUUUUUGAUCAGGGACCGGCGGGUGGCGACUGCGUACAUGAUCGAGGCCGUGUCCAUGUUCGACCACUAUGAGGUGCGCAACCAUGUGCAGAAGAAGCAGGAUGCCGAGAAGAAGGGCGAGAAGCACAAGAUCCACCUCAGGCUGCCGCCCAACAGGAAGGAAGGCGAGAAGCCGUGGUGGGACCAGUACUGGAGCGUCAAGCAGAAGAUUCGUGAUCGCGAGAUGUUUGGGGCUUAA